ACAACCAUUUCAAAACCUGGAGAAAAACCUUAUAACAAUGGAACUUGCUGAUUCUCUGAGGCAGGGUAUAUUAGCUUUUCUUUCCAACUCUUCCUCACUAAUGUAUUCAGGAACUGAUUUCCUCUUCAAACCCAUUUUCCUACGCGGGUUUUCUGGUUCAUUACACUUAGCCUUGUUACUGGUGUUGAUCGUCUCGUUUGUCUGGAAGAAACUUUGGGUGGGUGAUAGUGAAGGUUCUAAAGAUCGAUUUAAUAAGAAUAAGAGAGUCUUGUUUUAUAAACAGACUCUGGUUUGCUGUUUCGGUGUUUCGGUGUUUAGUCUUGUCUGGGGAUUGUUGAGCUACUUCUAUUGGUAUAGAAAUGGUUGGUCCGGUGAUGAACUAGCAACCCUUUUGGAUUUAGCUCUUAGAACACUCUCUUGGGGUACACUUUCUGUUUAUUUGUAUACCCAAUUUUCUCAUUCAAUUAAUACAAAGUUCUCAUUUCUUUUGAGAGGUUGGUGGGGCUUUUAUUUCUCAGUUUCUUGUUAUUGUCUUCUUGUGGAUAUUGUUCUUUAUAUAAAACUUGUUUCCUCACAAGUUCAGUAUUUAGCAUCGGAUGCAGUUUCUGUGUUCGCUGGUUUGUUUCUGUGUUAUGUGGGUUUCUUGAAAGUUGAGGAUGAAAAUACCCUUAACAAAGAACCCCUCUUGAAUGGUGAUGCAAGCAAUGAUUCGGAGUCAACUAAGUCUAGAGCGAGUGACUCUGUAACCCCUUACUCAAAUGCUGGUUUCUUCAGUAUCCUGACCUUCUCUUGGAUUGGUACUCUAAUUGCUCUUGGCAAUAAGAAAACAUUAGACCUUGAGGAUGUUCCUCAACUUUAUAGUGGCGAUAGCGUGGUUUCGGUAGCCCCCUUUUUCAUAAAUAAGCUCCAGUCUAAUAGAGUUACCACAUUUAAGCUUGUCAAGAUCUUGUUCUUCUCAGCAUGGAAGGAAAUUGUGUGGACAGCUUUGUUAGCGGUGUUCUACACAUCAGCUACUUAUGUUGGUCCAUACCUUACAGACGCAUUUGUUCAAUGUCUCAAUGGGAGAGGACAGUUAAAAAAUCAGGGAUAUCUUUUAGCUUCCGCCUUUCUGGUAGGAAAACUUAUAGAGUGCCUCUCACAGCAGCACUGGUUCUUUAGGACCCGGCAAACUGGUUUUAAGAUGCGUGCAGUACUUGCGACAGUGAUCUACAACAAAGGCUUGACCCUUUCAUGCCAGGAAAAGCAGGGCCGCACUAGUGGGGAGAUUAUCAAUCUUAUGACUGUUGAUACAGAGCAGAUUGUUGAAUUUUGUUGGCGCAUGCAUGAUCUUUGGCUGCUCAUUGUCCAAGUUGCUUUGGCCUUGUUCAUAUUGUAUAGAAAUCUUGGGCUUGCGUCUCUUGCUGCUUUUGUUGCUACUGUAAUUGUUAUGUUGUUAAACUGUCCAUUGGGGAGACUACAAGAGAACUUUCAGGACAACUUGAUGAAAUGUAAGGAUAAAAGAAUGAAAGCAACAUCUGAGAUUGUGAGGAAUAUGAGAAUCCUCAAGCUUCAAGCUUGGGAGAUGAAGUUUUUGUCUAGGAUUGAAGAGCUACGGAAAACUGAAGCAGGAUGGUUGAAGAAAUUUGUUUACACUUCGUCAAUUGUUAGUUUUGUCUUCCAGUGUGCUCCAACUUUUGUGGGUGUGGCCACUUUUGGUGCCUGUAUGCUUAUGGGAAUCCCACUCGAGUCGGGAAAAAUCUUAUCAGCACUUGCAACAUUCAGGAUUCUUCAACAGCCAAUUUAUAAUCUUCCCGACACAAUUUCUGUUAUAGUUCAGACCAAGGUUUCCCUUGAUAGAAUAGCAUCUUUCAUCCGUCUUGAUGACUUGCAGUCUGAUGCGGCAGAGAAGUUUCCAAGGGGUAGUUCUGCCACGGCAAUCGAGAUAGUUGAUGGGAAUUUCUCUUGGGAUUUGUCUUCUCCUAACCCAACAUUAAAUGAUAUCAAUGUCAAAGUAUUCCAUGGAAUGAAAGUUGCUGUAUGUGGUACUGUUGGUUCAGGCAAGUCGAGCUUACUUUCUUGCAUUUUGGGGGAAGUACCCAAGAUCUCAGGAACACUUAGGUUGUGCGGGAAAAAGGUUUAUGUUGCCCAGUCACCUUGGAUACAGAGUGGCAAGAUUGAGGAGAACAUAUUAUUUGGUGAGGAGAUGGACAGACAAAAGUAUGAGAGGAUACUGGAGACUUGUUCCCUGAAGAAGGACCUGGAAAUCCUCUCAUUUGGUGACCAAACAGUUAUAGGUGAGAGGGGUAUCAAUCUGAGCGGCGGACAGAAACAAAGAAUACAGAUUGCACGAGCUCUCUACCAAGAUGCUGAUAUCUAUCUCUUUGAUGAUCCUUUUAGUGCUGUGGAUGCACAUACUGGAUCUCAUUUAUUUAAGGAAGUUUUGCUUGGCCUAUUGAGCUCCAAAACUGUUAUUUAUGUUACUCAUCAAGUUGAGUUCUUACCUGCUGCAGAUCUAGUAUUGGUAAUGAAAGAUGGAAGGAUUACUCAGGCUGGAAAGUAUAACGACAUUCUCAAUUCAGGUUCUGAUUUUAUGGAACUAGUUGGUGCGCAUAACACAGCUUUAUCAGCACUAGAUUCAAAACCGGCAGGGCCAGCUUUUGGAAAUGAAAGCCUCAGAAAAGACGAUGAUGUCAUGGAAAGUACCAGUGGGGUUCCUCCGAAAGAAGAAACCAAGGAUCUACAAAAAGGUAAAGCUGACGAGAUAUCUGAGCCAUUAGGACAGCUUGUUCAAGAAGAAGAGAGGGAAAAAGGUAGGGUUGGGUUUCCACUCUACUGGAAAUAUCUUACAACAGCAUAUGGAGGGGCUCUUGUGCCCUUUAUUUUGCUGGCACAGUUUCUCUUUCAGAUCCUUCUGAUUGGAAGCAAUUACUGGAUGACUUGGGCAACUCCAGUGUCAAAGAAUGUGAAACCAGUUGUUAGUGGGUACACAAUAAUAGUUGUCUAUGUAGCUUUGGCUGUUGGAAGUUAUUUUUGCAUCCUGGCCAGAGUCACUCUUCUUGCAACAUCUGGGUUCAAAACAGCAACUCUGCUCUUCAAUAAAAUGCAUUCUUGCAUUUUCCGCGCGCCCAUGUCCUUCUUUGAUUCAACUCCCAGUGGACGAAUCCUAAGUAGAGCUUCUGCAGACCAAAGAGCAGUCGACAUGGGAAUUCCAUCUCAAGUUGGGGCAGUUGCCUUUUCAAUGAUCAAACUUUUGGGAACCAUAGCAGUGAUGUCUCAAGUAGCUUGGCAACUUUUUAUCCUAUUUAUCCCUUUAAUCGCUGCCUGUAUCUGGUACCAGCAAUAUUACAUCCCUUGUGCAAGAGAACUUUCUCGGAUGACCGGAGUGUGCAAAGCUCCAGUUAUCCAACAUUUUGCAGAAACAAUUUCAGGGUCAAUAACUAUAAGGAGUUUUGACAAACAAUCAAGAUUCCAAGAAACAAAUAUGAAACUGUUGGAUGCAUAUUCUCGGCUCAGAUUUCAUUAUGCUGGUGCAAUUGAAUGGCUUUGUUUCCGCUUGGAUAUGCUUUCUUCUAUUGUAUUUGCCUUCUCUUUGUUUUUCUUAAUCUCUUUUCCAAGGGGAAUUGAUCCAGCCAUUGCUGGUUUAGCUGUAAUUUAUGGGCUCAACCUAAACUCGUUACUGGUUGAAUUGAUAUGGAACAUUUGCAAUAUGGAGAACAAGAUCAUAUCAGUAGAGAGAAUUCUGCAGUACAUGUCUAUUCCUAGUGAGCCUCCUCUUGUAAUUGAAGAAAAUCAACCAGACCAUUCUUGGCCAUCACAUGGAGAAAUUGAUAUUGAUAAUCUGCAGGUCCGGUAUGCUCCUCAUAUGCCACUUGUGUUGCGAGGCCUCACAUGCACAUUCCCUGGAGGGAAGAAAACUGGUAUUGUUGGGAGAACAGGCAGUGGUAAAUCAACUCUCAUACAAACACUUUUCCGAAUUGUUGAUCCUGCAGCUGGUCAGAUUGUGAUUGAUGGCAUAAAUAUCUCAUUAAUUGGUGUGCAUGACUUGAGAUCAAGAUUAAGCAUUAUUCCUCAAGAUCCUACCAUGUUUGAAGGGACUGUACGGAGUAACCUGGACCCACUUGAAGAGUACACGGAUGAACAAAUUUGGGAGGCUCUUGAUAAGUGCCAGCUUGGAGAUGAAGUUAGGAAGAAGGAGAAAAAGCUAGAUUCCACAGUUACUGAGAAUGGAGAGAACUGGAGCAUGGGACAGAGGCAGAUGGUUUGUCUUGGGCGUGUGCUACUGAAGAAGAGCAAGGUAUUGGUACUCGACGAAGCUACUGCCUCAGUAGAUACUGCAACUGAUAAUUUGAUUCAGCAUACAAUUAGGCAACACUUCUCUAACUGUACUGUCAUAACCAUAGCACAUCGAAUAACUUCUGUCCUCGACAGCGACAUGGUUCUGCUUCUGGGUCAUGGGCUUAUUGAAGAAUAUGACAAUCCAACUAGGUUGUUAGAAAACAAGACAUCAUCGUUUGCACAACUUGUAGCAGAGUACUCUGCAAGAUCAAACUCCAGCAUUGAGAAGUUCACUACAUUGAAUUAUAAAGCUUUAUAAACCACAAUUUAACUGAAAUAAGCUUUAUAUUGAUGGUGUAAACCACAAUUUAGCUGGUUAAUUUGAUUUCUUUUUCUUCCAA